CUCUGCAUAACACCCAGAAGGCUGCAGGCUUCUCUUCUUUACACCAGCACCCUCUCUCCUGCUUCCAUCCCCUGUCCUCCCUCUGUCAAAUCCUCACCCUGUUCCCCCUUCUCCCCCUCUGCCCCCCACCCUCAGAUCACUGAGGUCCCCACCAUAGGGGCAGAAUACAGACAGACAGGGCUGGGGAAUAGACAGGAAGGAGAGCAGGAAGGGGAGGGUUAUCCUGCAGAGAUUUUGGAUGUGGUUGAGCGGCCGAGGUGACAGCAGGUGCCAUGGAUUGUCUGUGUAUUGUCACCACUAAGAAAUACCGUUACCAGGACGAUGACUCCCCCCCGCUGGAGCACAGUCCGGCUCACCUGCCCAACUCCAUGAAAGCUCCAGAACUGGUCCACGUGUCGGAGAAGAACCUUUCCCAGAUUGAGAACGUCCACGGAUACGUGUCCCACUCACACAUCUCCCCCAUGAAGGCCAGUUCCCCUCCUGUGAUUGUGAACACAGAUACGUUGGAGGCCCCGGCCUAUGUUAACGGUACAGAAGCUGAAAUGGAAUACGAGGAGAUCACAUUAGAGAGGGGUAACUCAGGUCUGGGGUUCAGUAUUGCAGGCGGAACAGACAACCCCCACGUGGGUGAUGACCCCAGCAUCUUCAUCACCAAGAUCAUUCCUGGUGGUGCGGCGGCCCAGGAUGGACGUCUCAGGGUGAAUGACAGUAUCCUGUUUGUGAAUGACGUGGACGUGCGAGAAGUCACACACAGUACGGCCGUUGAAGCUCUGAAGGACGCGGGGUCCAUUGUGCGCCUGUAUGUCAUGCGCAGGAAACCAGCAUCGGAGAAAAUUAUCGAGAUCAAACUCAUUAAAGGACCAAAAGGUCUGGGGUUUAGCAUUGCAGGGGGUGUAGGGAAUCAGCAUAUUCCAGGAGAUAACAGUAUCUACGUUACCAAGAUCAUAGAGGGGGGAGCCGCGCACAAAGACAUGCGCCUUCAGAUCGGAGACAAGAUUCUAGCGGUGAAUCACGUCAGUUUGGAGGACGUGAUGCAUGAAGACGCUGUGGCGGCUUUGAAGAAUACAUCUGAUGUUGUUUACCUGAAAGUGGCCAAACCGACCAACGUUUAUCUAAACGACUCCUACGCGCCCCCAGAUAUUACCACCUCCUACUCCCAGCAGAUGGACAGUGACCUCUGCCACCCAAGUUAUUUGGGCCCUGAAUACGCCUCAGUCAUGACACCAACCUCCCCCCACCGAUAUUCCCCCAUCCCCAAAGAACUCAUGGGAGAGGAGGAGGUUCCCAGGGAGCCCCGCCGGGUCGUGAUACACCGCGGCUCCACCGGGUUAGGGUUUAACAUCGUAGGCGGCGAGGACGGAGAAGGAAUCUUCAUCUCGUUCAUCCUCGCGGGAGGCCCGGCAGAUCUGAGCGGAGCCCUGAGGAAAGGAGACCAGAUCAUGUCUGUCAACGGGGUGGACCUGAGAAACGCCACACACGAGCAGGCGGCCCUGGCCCUGAAGAACGCGGGGCAGACGGUUACUAUCAUCGCACAGUACAAGCCAGAAGAGUACAGCAGGUUCGAAGCCAAGAUCCACGAUCUACGGGAACAGCUGAUGAACAGCAGCCUGGGAUCUGGGAGCGCAUCCCUGCCGAACACCAACGGCGGCAAGAGGGGCUUCUACAUCAGAGCGCUUUUUGAUUAUGACAAGACGCGGGACUGCGGUUUCCUGAGCCAAGCCCUCAGCUUCAAGUUUGGGGACGUCCUUCACGUCAUUGACGCCACCGAUGAAGAAUGGUGGCAGGCCCGGCGCGUCCAGCCCGAGGGGGAGGAGAUCGGCUUCAUCCCCAGCAAGAGAAGGGUAGAGAGGAGGGAGUGGUCCCGCUUGAAGGUAAAGGAUCGAGGCAGCACAGCAGGGUCUCAGAGUCGGGAAGAGACAGUUCUGAGCUACGAGACUGUUGUGCAUAUGGAAGUGCACUAUGCUCGGCCAAUCAUAAUCCUCGGCCCUGGGAAGGACAGGGUUAACGACGAUCUUCUCUCGGAGUUUCCCGACAAGUUUGGCUCCUGUGUACCCCAUACGACCCGACCCAAGCGCGACUACGAGGUGGACGGGAGGGAUUAUCACUUCGUGUCGUCCAGGGAGAAGAUGGAGAAGGACAUCCAAGCCCAUAAAUUCAUCGAAGCCGGACAAUACAACGGACAUUUAUACGGGACGAGCGUGCAGAGCGUGAGAGAAGUGGCCGAACAGGGCAAGCAUUGUAUCCUCGACGUCUCUGCCAACGCCGUGAGACGCUUACAAGCCGCGCAGCUGCAGCCUAUCGCCAUUUUUAUACGUCCCAAGUCUCUGGAAAAUAUCCUAGAAAUUAAUAAGCGUCUGACGGAGGAGCAGGCCAGAAAAACGUAUGAGAGAGCGACCAAACUGGAGCAGGACUUUACAGAGUGCUUCUCAGCCGUGGUUGAGGGAGAAAGCUUUGAAGAAGUCUAUCAUAAAGUCAAAGGAAUUAUCGAGGAUCUGUCAGGACCCUACAUCUGGGUUCCUUCCAGAGAGAGACUUUAAAAAUCUGGCACUUCCCCCCCAUCCAUCACAUCGCAGCAUCUGCCCUUCCCCUGGGGAGCUUUGGACUGGAGGCAAUAAGGCACACAUCUCCCCGGGUGCCUUAUUACUUCUCAUGGGAGCGGAGGAGCCAUUGGCACAGAGGAUUGUCGAACACUGGCUCGGCUCUUGCGUGUGUUGGCGUAGAUCGAUCUGCACGCACACACAUAUCAGCAUUCGGCUCUACUUUUGUAACCCAGUUCCUCAGAGGAGUGGUCUCCUAUUGCCCCACCCCUGCUGUAUGCAGAGGGUGUGGCUUUCUGCAGCCCCACCCAAUGCAAUGGGUUGGCUCUGGUGUAUAAAGAGACGUUUAGUCCUGUUUUUUAUCUCGCUGUCUGCGUUUAUCUUGUGCAUGCGUCUUUCAGUGGACGUGGGGAGGGAUUGAUGGACAGAAGCUCAUUAUCCCCUCCCCCACACAAAUGCUCUGCGAGAAAGUGGCAGAAUUGGCAAGAACCACCCUGUGGACGGCAUCGUUGGACGUGUCAGAGCUUAUUCAUAUCUUCCAUUUCUCUCCAGAAACAGACUACAAUCAACACGGCAAUGUUCUGCAGAUAACUGGGAACGGAGCGAUGCUCUGCAGACUUCAGAGAAUGCUGCAAUGUUCUGCAGAUAACUGGGAACGGAGCGAUGCUCUGCAGACUUCAGAGAAUGCUGCAAUGUUCUGAAAACAGAGCAUGUGCGGGGCUCACAGAAAGCUGCGCUGUUUUCUAGACUUCCUUCAAUAGGACUUCUGGGAGUUGUGCAAUGCUCUGCAGGGUUCUGAGGACAAUGCAAUGUUCUGCAGGGUUCCCGGGGACAAUGCAAUGUUCUGCAAGGCUCUGAGAAAUGUGCAAUGUUCUGCAAGGCUCUGAGAAAUGUGCAAUGUUCUGCAAGGCUCUGAGAAAUGUGCAAUGUUCUGCAGGGUUCUGGGGACAAUGCAAUGUUCUGCAAGGCUCUGGGAACAGUGCAAUGUUCUGCAAGGCUCUGAGAAAUGUGCAAUGUUCUGCAGGGUUCUGGGGACAAUGCAAUAUUCUGCAAGGUUCUGGGAAUUGCGUAAUGUUCUGCAGGUUCUGGCGACUGCGCAAUGUUCUGCAGGGCUCUGGGAGAGGAGUGCGGUGUCUCACCUUAACCCUUUCAGUGCUAGCAGGUCCAAUAAAGCAUUACAAUGCCCACCUCUGCGGCACCUAAAAAUCCAAGCGAUGCAGGGGAGGCUUUGUAGACACAGCGGCGGGCGGGUUCAGGACGCGAUGCGCUGCGGCUGUGAACACGUGCGACGGCUGUGACAGUAAUAAAAAACAAAACAAAAGCUAUUUUAUGUGGAUAAAUAAAAUGUUAUAUAUUUAACCUU